CUAAUGCUAAUUUGGCUGCGUGUGCGCGCGCAUGUAUGUACAGAAGACGUCACGUGGUAGCUCAGAGGGCGAAAAGUUUGCAAAGUUGGAGACAGUUUGUAAGGACUGCGAUCACACAGAGAAAGUGCAAAGGUCAUGUCGUCCAUAAAAGUGGCGUGUGUGAUCAAAGAGAAGAAUGAAAUUGGCGAGAGUCCCAUCUGGGAGGAAAAGGACUCGUCUUUGGUUUACGUUGACAUUACGGGUCAGAGGGUCAGCCGGUGGAGCUCUCUCACAGGUCACAUAGAGAGUAUCACUACAGAGAAACCUGUAGGAUCUGUGGUUCUGCGGAAGGCAGGCGGUUACGUCAUUGCGGAGGGAACACGCUUUGCGUUUGUUGACUGGGUCAAGCGCUCCAUAACAACAGCCGUUCAGCUGGACAAGGAAAAGCCCAACACUCGCUUCAAUGAUGGAAAAGUCGAUCCAGCUGGAAGGUUCUUUGCGGGUACCAUGGGAAUAGAACUGCGGCCGGCCGUGGUGGAGAGGAAACAGGGCUCUCUGUACACGCUUCAUCCUGACCGCUCUGUCGUUCAUCAUUUCGACCAGGUGGACAUCUCCAACGGUUUGGACUGGUCACUGGAUCACCGCAUCUUUUACUACAUCGACAGCCUGGCGUACAUGGUGGAGGCCUUUGACUACGACAUCCAGACUGGAGGCCUGUCUAACCGCAGAGCGGUUUACAAGGUAGAGCCGGAUGAAGGAAUACCAGACGGGAUGUGCAUAGACACAGAGGGCAAACUGUGGGUCGCCUGCUACAAUGGAGGAAGAGUUCUGCGCAUUGACCCACAAACAGGCACCCGACUGCAGACAGUGAACCUGCCAGUUGGGAAAACCACCUCGUGUUGUUUCGGUGGGAAGGAUUACACUGAUCUGUACGUCACCACAGCGUAUAAAGGCAUGGAUGAAGAUUCACUGGCCAAACAGCCUGAGGCUGGCUGCGUGUUUAAGGUUUCUGGUUUAGGAGUGAAGGGCAUUCCAUCAUUCUCAUUUACUGGAUGAAAAUCAAGAAGACCAUGAUGUUUAAUAAACCAUCACAAUGUUUUGCCAUAAAAACAUUGAUUCUUUUCUCACUGUUCUAACUGUGCAAUCAUUUCUAUAAUUCACACUUAAGAUAGAAGAAAAUCAUCAUUUCACGGUUUUAGACAUUGGAAGAUAUUUGCCUACAACUGAUUUAAAAGAUGUGAUGUAUACAUGUGAAUCAGUUGUACACAUUUCUAAUCCUGUUUACAUGAACCACACUCUGUGAACUAAAGUAUUAAGAAAUGAUUGCCAGGGAUGAAUUUGAUAGAGAUCAGAAUUCCACACAUGGAAUGUUUAUUAAUGAUCUCAACGUGUUGCUGCUAAUCAGAGAUAUUGAAGUGAGCUGAUCAGACACUGUUAUAAUGCCAGGUUUAUUCAUGAUGGUGCUAGAAAAUGAUAAUGAUGCUUACUGUAAUUACUGCUUUUUAUUUUUAAUGUCCUGUUAAAAUCAACACGUAACAUAUUUCUAAGUUAAACAGGAUAUUCUGUGGAAAAUGUAGGCUGAGACAAUCCAUCAGGUAUUUGGGUUAUAAAAAGUGUGCGUUACAUCCCAGGAUUGAGGCGGACAGGGUUAAAAGAUGAUAGAUGGCUUUCUGAAAUCUAAAAAGAAGGAAAUCAUAUUUUAAACAAAUAUUAUUUGGAAGUAACAUAUAUAUAUAUAUAUUUAUAUAUAUAUAUAUAUAUAUAGUGCACAAUAAGACCAGGAAUGUGCAUUAAGUAAACGGGGUCCCAUGUUGACUGAACAUAAUCUAUGACUUUAAUGAUGCUCUGUGAAACCAGGUUGGGGGAAAGGGUGGAAUUUAUUUUUGUGUGAAAUGUGAAUCUUCAAUAUAACCUAAGAAAAAACUGAAUGAACCUUUUAUAAAAUGUGUAGUUUUAAUCAUAUAGAUGUUUUCACAGAUGGUAGCACUUUCGUAAUAAAAGCAUACACCUCCAAAUAAAGAUAUUUCGAUUUAUAAGGAUGUUUCGGUAUUCAUCUCAGCACUUAACCAAUGCAAUAAACAGCACUUGAUGUACACGUUUGAAAAAACAAAACUCUUGGAUCAAGCUAAAUGUAAUAUUUUUACUGCAUCAGAACAUGGUGAUUUAUAUUUGUGACCUAUUUCCAAGUGGAAAAUUAAUCUUUCUAAAAUAUCAAUAAACUAUGAUUUAG